GUAUUCAUCUGUGGUUUUCUUGUAUUGUUUAAUGUUUUCUUCUGUAUAUUAUGUACCAAAAAUUAAAAAUAUAUUUUUUAUAAAAUAACACUCAUGAAACAAUAUUAAUAGAUUUUUAAUAAGGGAAUUGUCUUUACGCAAUAAUAAGUAUGAGUUCAUCAGAUCCCAUAAGUUUUAACGUUAUUAACGAAAUAAGAUUAAUUAUUAUUUAUUACAGAGAGCCUAGUUCACCCAAAAAUACAGAUGACUAUCCAGGACUACGUGAACAAGCAAUCGCUAACUUUCAGAAACCAAACCUACCAAAUAUAAAUGUUCCUGAAAGAAUUAUUAUCUGCCUUGAUGUCUGUUGUGAUAAUCAGGAUUCAUUGUAUCGCCUAGGUGAUGGAACUACAUUUACACCUCUUAACAUGCUAAAACGAGUUCUAGAUUUUUUUAUCCAUUCAAAGCAUACCAUAAAUAAAAGAACUGAAUUUGCUUUAAUAAUACUGAAGGAUGCAAGUGCUUUUUUGGUUCAGAAUUUUACUAAUAAUGUAAGAGAUAUCAUUCAUACCAUAGAUUUUCUCAAUGCUGAGGACUCUGUGUCAGAAACAUUUGAUUUUAAACAUGUUUUUGAUAUUGUUAAACAGGAAGUAGAAAUACCCGAGUAUAAACAAUCAGAGUGUAUGAUUCCUCCUCCAUAUAUUGUUAGAAUGAUUGUUUUGUAUGCCCGUUCCAAAUGUGUACCCUUUAUAGCACAAGAAGAUUCUUAUUUGACCUUUUUAAAAAUACAAAUGUAUUUUUAUAUAGAUAUUCUCUUUGCCCAUGAAGAUGAAUGUAAUCUAUUUCAAUGUGAAGAAAUAUAUGAUGCUCUGCAGAAUUUAGAUAAUGGAUAUUCUUAUGUCUUUGAAGUGUCUAGGAAUGCUGCCAAAAUCCAUGAAAGCAUUGCUAAGUUAUUAGCACACCCCUUGCAAAGGUUAUUACAAAAAAAUACAGACUAUGGUUUUGGUACAAGAUGUUAAUUCUAGAUUACAAUUUGACCUCUAUCUAAACUUCAUAUGUAUUACAAAGUUUCUAAUUAAAUACAUUAUGUAAAGAACCAAUUUAUUCUCUUAUUCUGUUAUUUUGAUUUAUUACAAAUACUGUGUAAAAAUUCUAAAAGGAUGAAUAAGAUAUCAUAUAUACAAA